CUUGCGGGUGAUCGUCAGACAGCUGUGUCUCACCUUCAGCCAUCUUAACCAUGCUGGGCGCGGUGGGUCGGUGCUGCAGCGGAGCUCUGCGGGCUCUGAAGCCCGGACUCAGCUCUCUGAACACGGUCAGCGGCAGACAUGCGGCUCUCUAUUCGAGCAGGGGUUACGCUGCUCCAGCUGCUCAAGCAGGUCUGGCCAAUGGCCGCAUAGUGGCUGUGAUCGGUGCCGUGGUGGAUGUCCAGUUCGAUGAAGGCCUGCCUCCCAUCCUCAAUGCGCUGGAGGUGUCUGGACGCGAGAGCCGCCUGGUGCUUGAGGUGGCACAGCAUCUGGGUGAGAACACCGUCAGGACGAUCGCCAUGGAUGGCACAGAAGGUCUGGUCCGUGGUCAGCAGGUUCUGGACACCGGAGCCCCCAUUAGGAUUCCUGUUGGACCUGAGACCUUGGGCAGGAUUAUGAAUGUCAUUGGAGAGCCCAUUGAUGAGAGAGGUCCAAUUAGUACUAAACAGACGGCUCCAAUCCACGCUGAAGCCCCUGAGUUCACCGACAUGAGUGUGGAGCAGGAGAUCCUGGUGACCGGCAUCAAGGUGGUAGAUCUGCUGGCACCCUACGCCAAGGGCGGAAAGAUCGGCCUGUUCGGCGGUGCCGGUGUGGGGAAGACUGUGUUGAUCAUGGAGCUGAUCAACAACGUGGCCAAGGCUCACGGUGGUUACUCCGUGUUUGCCGGAGUGGGAGAGCGAACCCGUGAAGGAAAUGACUUGUACCAUGAGAUGAUCGAGUCUGGAGUCAUUAACCUGAAGGAUACCACUUCCAAGGUGGCGCUGGUGUACGGUCAGAUGAACGAGCCUCCAGGCGCUCGUGCCAGGGUUGCUCUAACCGGUCUGACUGUUGCUGAGUAUUUCCGUGACCAGGAGGGACAGGAUGUGCUGCUCUUCAUCGACAACAUCUUCAGGUUUACCCAGGCUGGAUCAGAGGUGUCUGCCCUGUUGGGUCGUAUCCCCUCGGCUGUGGGCUACCAGCCCACUCUGGCCACUGAUAUGGGCACAAUGCAGGAGAGAAUCACAACCACUAAAAAAGGCUCAAUCACCUCUGUGCAGGCCAUCUAUGUGCCAGCUGAUGACUUGACCGACCCUGCUCCAGCCACAACCUUUGCCCACUUGGAUGCAACAACUGUGCUGUCCCGCGCCAUUGCUGAGCUAGGAAUCUACCCUGCGGUGGACCCUCUGGAUUCCACCUCCCGCAUCAUGGACCCCAACAUCGUUGGGUCUGAACACUACGACGUUGCUCGCGGCGUGCAGAAAAUUCUUCAGGACUAUAAAUCACUGCAGGACAUCAUUGCUAUCCUUGGUAUGGAUGAGCUGUCUGAGGAAGACAAGCUGACCGUGGCCCGUGCCCGGAAGAUCCAGCGCUUCCUGUCUCAGCCCUUCCAGGUGGCAGAGGUCUUCACUGGCCACAUGGGCAAGCUGGUCCCUCUCAAGGAAACUAUCAAGGGCUUCAAGAGCAUUCUGGGAGGCGAAUAUGACGCCUUGCCAGAGCAAGCGUUCUACAUGGUGGGUCCCAUCGAGGAGGUCGUCCAAAAGGCUGAGAAACUGGCAGAGGAACAUUCCUAAAUGAUUUCUCUGUAAGAUCACAGAACCUUCGUUUGUACAGUAUGAUUUCUAUUUGAGGAACUUCUAACUUGUCAUGCUAAGUAUGUAUGGUGUAGUUCCAUUUUUCUCUGGAAAUAUGAAGAAAAAAAUUAAACUCUACAUUGUGAUAUAUAUGUACAA